CUACAGGCGCUGGGAACUUGCAAGCAGCCAGGGACCGCCGAAAAUAGCACUUCUUUUUCUUUCUUUGUGUUCAAAACUAUUUUCUUUCUGCACAGAUUUUGUCCCCCCCUGCCCCACCUCCCGCUGCAGUUGUUUCUCAUUAGUAACUCGAUCUCUCGGAGCCGUUAAGAUUCGUCUUCUUCGUCUCCCUUCCGCUCCGCCAGUGUUUGUUUGUUUUCUGCACGUCUCUUUCAGGGAGCCGCUGGGGCGGUUUAUCCCCCUUCUUUUUCUCCUUCUUUUCCAAGCAGACCACCUUCCACCCUGUCUGCCUCUUUCUUCUUCCCUGUCUCCCUCUUGCCCUGUGUCCCCGAGCGUCUCCGCGCUCCUGCACCGCGCAGCCUUUGCGGUCGCUUCUGCUCCUUCCCUCGGAUGAGCUGAGAGCCCAGGGCGCGUGUAUAUGGAAAUAGUGGGGUGCCGAGCAGAAGACGACGCGUGUCCUUUCCGCCCCCCAGCCAUGCUCUUCCACGGGAUCUCGGGAGGCCACAUCCAAGGCAUUAUGGAGGAGAUGGAGCGCAGAUCCAAGACCGAGGCCCGCCUGGCCAAAGGCGCCCAGCUCAACGGCCGCGACGCGGGCAUGCCUCCGCUGAGCCCGGAGAAGCCCGCCCUGUGCGCCGGCUGCGGGGGCAAGAUCUCGGACAGGUACUACCUGCUGGCCGUGGACAAACAGUGGCACCUGAGAUGCCUGAAGUGCUGUGAAUGUAAGCUGGCCCUCGAGUCCGAGCUCACCUGCUUCGCCAAGGACGGCAGCAUUUACUGCAAGGAGGAUUACUACAGAAGGUUCUCUGUGCAGAGAUGUGCCCGCUGCCACCUUGGCAUCUCCGCCUCCGAGAUGGUCAUGCGCGCCCGAGACUCUGUCUACCACCUGAGCUGUUUCACCUGCUCCACCUGCAACAAGACCCUGACCACGGGCGACCAUUUUGGCAUGAAGGACAGCCUGGUGUACUGUCGCGCCCACUUCGAGACCCUCUUGCAAGGGGAGUACCCACCGCAGCUGAGCUACACCGAGCUGGCGGCCAAGAGCGGAGGCUUGGCCCUGCCUUACUUCAAUGGCACGGGCACCGUGCAGAAGGGGCGGCCCCGGAAACGGAAGAGCCCAGCGCUGGGAGUGGACCUCGUCAGUUACAACUCAGGUUGUAAUGAGAACGAGGCGGAUCACCUGGACCGGGACCAGCAGCCUUACCCGCCCUCCCAGAAGACCAAGCGUAUGCGCACCUCCUUCAAGCACCACCAGCUGCGGACCAUGAAAUCCUACUUUGCCAUCAACCACAACCCGGAUGCCAAGGAUCUCAAGCAGCUUGCUCAGAAAACAGGCCUGACCAAAAGAGUUUUGCAGGUUUGGUUCCAAAACGCCCGAGCCAAAUUCAGAAGGAACCUUUUGCGGCAGGAGAAUGGGGGUGUUGAUAAAGCUGAUGGCCCGUCGCUUCCGGCCCCGCCCUCAGCAGACAGCGGAGCUCUCAGCCCACCCGGCACAGCGACCACUUUAACAGAGAUACCCAAUCCCUCUAUCACUGUAGUGACCUCCAUCACCUCUAACACGGACAGCCACGAAUCCGGGAGCCCCUCACAAACUACCUUAACGAACCUUUUCUAACAUUGGUUGUUUUUUUUUUUUUUUUAAAUUCUUUCUCUUCUUUUUAUUCUUAUUCUAAUUAUUAUUAUUUUAUUAUUUACAAGACUUUUUUUCCCCCCCUCCUAACCCACAAGAUAUUUGGGAAAUAAAAACAACAGCUUGGUGUGUAGCAUCGCAGCCACUGGCAAAUGAGUUUACAGUAUUGUCUCCUUUACAAAGUGUUUUUCCUUUUCUUUCUUUUUUUUUUUGUCUGCAAAGUGUAUUUGGAUUUUUUAAAAAAUUAAUUAGAUCUUUCAGUCGGUAAGGGGAGUUUUUGAAUCAUUCUAAGUGCCUCUUAAAAUUGUAUGUUACUUAUUUCCAGACUCUCACUCAAAGGAAAAAAAAAGAUUGGUAUUUUUAAUGGGUAAAUAAUCAUAUUCCUAGUUAGUGAUUAUGGUAAUAAAGUAUCAGAUAAUUAAAGCAUCAUUUUUUAAAUAUUGCAAUUGUAUGGGUACUUCCGGAAUUCUGAAAACUUCACAUUUUUUAAUUUUAAAACUGAAAAACUGUUUUGAUUACUCCUUUCUCUUACAAAUGAGGAAUAUGAUUAAAUAAAAGCACUAACUGUAGCAACUCAAAGUAUGAAAGAUUAAGCAGGUAGGAAAUCUAUUCUAGGAAUGUGAUUUUUCCUUCUCUUAGGGAUGUACAUCCCAACAAAAUUUUUGUUAGUUAUUUGCUUGUCAACAUUUCAAAAAUGCUUGAACUCCCUGUGUAUCCUUGAAAUUCCAAAUAGAAUUUGAAAUUCUAUACUUUGAAUGAUCUAAAGCUAAAAAUGAUAGUUGUAAAACCAUUCUUUCUAAAUUAAUUUUUUCCCCCAGGGAAAAUGGAAAUAAGUAAAAUAUAAUUUUUUAAGAAGUCAAAAAAAAUCAGUAUAAUU